AAAGAGUGCCAUGGAAAUGCAGAGAUUGAAAAAGCGCGAAAAAAAAAGGACUCUAGCUGAAUUUAUUGAUUUACGCUUUAUACAUAAUAGUGUAUGACUGGGUGAUGUGGAUAUGUGAGCUAUAUAAUAGUUAUGUAUUAGAUCGAGAAAUUUUUCAACUGAAAAAGUAGUUGGUAUAUUUUUAAAUUAUGGUUGGGUGUCAUUGUCGUCGAAUUCAGGGUUGCAAAGUAAAGUAAGGUUAUCUAGAUCUUCAUCCUUGAAUUUAUCAGAGUUCGUAAAUUUAGGGAUUAAAAUGUUAACUGUGUUUCGGUCUUUAUUGGCUGUUAUUUGCUGGUAUUUAAGGCCUUUAGUGAAGAGGUUUUUGAGAGAAACUACAAGAUUAUGCGAACUACAGAGGGUAUGUUAUGGUGAGAAACCUGGUGCACCAAGAUCACUUAGUGUCGAGAAAUCGCUCCUUCAGUCUAGAUCUGGUGAUAUAAAAAAACUCGUCAUGAUCUUGGAUAGAAUGAGUGAUGGCAGAAAGUUUACAGGCACGAACCAAGAGAAUAUAAUUCAUUAUGCUGUACACACUGUUUUGAGGGUGAAACAAAUCAAUCCACAAAUCCAUCCACAGUUUGGGAAAUCUUUCGCAAAGUGCAUCGAACAUAUCUGGGGAUAUCGUCAGUUGAUUCAAGAUGUCGAAACUCUUCGUAUUACUCCAUAUGAUGCCGACAACAAGGAUCAUGAAAAUAAAUUGUUGACUUUAUGGGAACUGCUGAUGCCAUCAGUUCAGCUUGAAUCUAGAAUCACCAAACAAUGGCAAGACAUUGGUUUUCAAGGGGAUGAUCCAAAAACAGACUUCAGGGGCAUGGGAUUGCUGGGACUAGAAAACUUGGUUUAUUUUGCACAGGAAUAUCCUGGCCCUGCUAGCCAUGUACUGUCACAUUCCCAUCACCCUCAGUAUGGCUAUGCAUUUGCAAUUGUAGGCAUAAAUCUAACCAGCAUGGCUUAUCACAUGCUGAAAGAUGGGUCUGCAAAGUCUCAUGUUUAUAAUGUUUCAAGAGGACUGCCAACUGUGAAAGUUUUCCACCAGUUUUAUUGUUACUUGUUCUAUGAGUUUGACAGGUUUUGGGUUGAAGCAAAGCCUCGUAAUGUAAUGGACUUUUCAUAUAUAAAAGAGAAAUUUGAGAGUAGGAUUCGUAUAUCUCUCAUGAAUCCUGCUUCUGCAUUGAGGAUAAACAUAGCUGUUGACAAUAUAUAAAUAUUCCAAUGAUGAAGAUUUGUUGCUAGUGCAAUAGAACUUUAUUGUGAUAUUGCAGUAUUUCACACAUUCUGAAUCCUCAACAUUGGGUCAAGGCUAUCAGUAUUGAAUAUUAUUAUCUAAUGGUGUUUCACACAUAUUGAAUGCUAUCCUUUGGAUAAAGGCUACUAACACUGAGUUACUGAAAUGAGUCUUACCUGUGUAUGUUAUUAUUAUUGAUAUUUCUUGUUAGUUUGAUCUACACUGGCACCAGCAUUCCAAGAGUUUCCAAUUGUUAUUGCAUAUGAAAAUUUGUUGUGAUAUCAAGAAAUAGUGCAGUUUGUGUCUUCCAUCCUAAGGAAUAGCUUGUUAUAGAACUCGUGCUUGUAACCCACUGAAUAGCAUUUGUUAUGUAUUUCUGCUUAUAGAGCCGA